UUCAGGUUGGUCCAAUCUUCUUCAGAUCGCCUAGAAAGAUAGAAGUGUUCGGUGUGUGCUCUGAAGGAACAGAAAAGCAAGUAUUCUACAUAGCUGAUGAGGGUCGAUCACCAGGUAAAGGUGCCAACACUGUGGUAAGCUAUCUGCACCACUACUUCCAGUGCUAUGGGGCAGGUUAGGCACAUGCACUCCUUCAUGCUGAUAACUGCAGUGGCCAAAACAAGAACACAGUCGUUUUGUGGUAUCUAAUGUGGAGAAUAGCAAAAGGUUUACAUCACACAAUUGAGUUCAGCAUGAUGAUAGUUGGACACACCAAAUUCGCUCCGGAUCAACACUUCGGCAUUUGGAAGAACAAGUGGAGACACAUGGAUGCAGAAAUUUUGCAGGAUGUUGCAAACAGCGUAGAAAAAUCCUCCCGCAACGGGCACAACCACCCACACAUUGUAGAUGAGGAUUUUGAUUUCCAUGACUGGCGGCUCUGCUUAAGCAAGUCUUUUGUGCCUUUGAAGGGACUUUUGAAGUAUCAUAAGUUUGUGUUUUCGUCAACAGAACCUGGUUUAGUUUCAUGCAGUGAACUUGACAAUGGUGAGGUAAUAAAAGUAAGCUUAUUAAUAAAAGGAAUAAGCUUCAAUGACAUUCUCCAGUCACAAUUGCCAGUGACAAUCUCAGGACCAGGCCUUACACCUGAACGAAAGUGGUACCUGCACGAUCAUAUACGGGAAUUUUGCAGGUCACAGGUAGCAAAAGACUCUACCUGUCCAUUGCCUAAUGUUGAAAAGCCUGGUAAAGCCACAAAGAAACGGAAAGUGUAAUGUUUUGAUGUUGAAGUAAUAUUGAAUGUUCAUGAUUUGACAGGGUUGCCUUUUCCUUAAUUUACAUAUUCUGUAAAUGGACAACUUACUUGAUAACUAUUUGGACCAAUAAUUUGAAUAUAAAUGUAUUGUUAUCACUGAGUAAUGUAAUAUGCUAAGCACAGUGCUUCUUUAACAUUACAUAGAAUACAUUGCAAUGUAGUGUUUAUCAUGUUAUUGUGUUAAUUUUAUUUUUGUAAAUUGAACGAUAUUGUAACAUAUUUUUAUUGUCCUAUUAUUUAUUAGUUUCCAUGUCAACCAAUAAUACUUCUUAUUUGAUAUUCUUAUGAUGUGAUUUAUACAAAUGUUUCUAAUUUGCAAUGGCAAUAAUACACAUAUUACACAUAUGUUGAAAUGUGUGGUCAAACACCUCAAGUGAGCAUAUUAUGUUUGUGCAUUUACUGCCCACUCAAAAAACAUGCUGUAGUAUUAUUAUCAAUGGUAUACUCAUUAUAUUUAUGAAAUAUAAAGACCUUUUAUUAUUAUGCCCCCCUUCGAAGAAGACAGGGUAUAUUGUUUAGCACAUGUCGGUCGGUCCAUCGGUCGGUUGGUCCAUCCAUCAGAUGGUUUCUGGAUGAUAACUCAAGAACGCUUAGGCCUAGGAUCAUGCAACUUCAUAGGUAAAUUGAUCAUGACUGGCAGAUGACCCCUAUUGAUUUUCAGGUCACUAGGUCAAAGGUCAAGGUCAAAGUGACAAAAAACGUAUUCACACAAUGGCUGCCACUACAACUGACAGCACAUAUUUCAUUCAUUGUAUUUGUGUGUCCAAAAACUUUAACCUUGGUUUGAUAACUUUUGCAAUAUUAAAGAUAGCAACUUCAUAUUUGGCAUGCAUGUGUAUCUCACUGAGCUGCACAUUUUGAGUGGUGAAAAGUCAAGGUCAUCAUUCAAGGUCAAAGGUCAAAUAUCAUUGUAUUUUUCUUUCCUAAAACUUUUGGGUAUUUGGUAUUUGAGACUAAUUAAUGACUUAAGAUGCGCAGUAGGGGGCAUUGCGUUUCUCAAACGCUCUUGUGUAUUUAUUUUUAUAUAAACAAUUUCCAUACGCAUUUUUUGGGGUAUAGUAAAUUUAAUAAUUACAUAAAAAGCAUUGUUUUAUUGAAAAAAAAAACAUUUUUCAAAUUCUGUUACCAUGGAAACCAUAUUUAUAAAAUGGUAUUACGGGACACAAAUUUAUUGCUUGUAUGUGUAGAAUUAAGUAAAAGAUGCUUGUAUGGAAUAAAAUAUCAUAUAUUGCUGCAUAUUGUUCAUUUCCUAGUGUUUGUCU